AUGGCAGCAAAAAAAACAAGAGCACAGGCGACCACCACCCCAGCGGUACCACCUACCUCGUCCAAAACAUCCCUCCGACGGUAUUUCGGAGAAAAACCGGAGACGGAGAUCAAAUCCAAGAUGGCGGCGACGGAGAAAUCUCCCGCGCACAGCGCACCAUCCAGCCCUGCACCCUCAGAAAACUCAUUAGAGGGCAACGACCUAAAAACCCUACUCUCACAAUUGCCAUCUAAACUAGACUUGGAACUGAUGUUUUCCAAGAUGGAGAGGAGCUUUGGGGACAAACUACAAUCGCUCCACAAAGAGGUAAGCCAAAUAGGCCACAGGGUACAAACACUAGAAGAGGAAGGGGAAGCAAGUUCCCUGCAUCUCACAAAUAUACAAUCCCUACAGCAAACCCACAAUGAAGCCAUCCUAUUCUUACAAAGGAAAUUAGAGGAUUUGGACAAUAGAGGCAGGAGAAACAACCUCAGGAUAAGGGGUUUCCCUGAAACACAGGAGGGAGAGACAGAAGAUAUCAUACUCCUACUCACUGGCCUCUUUAACAAGAUAUUGGGCAGACCUCUUGACACUGUCAUUAAAUUUGACCGCGCGCAUAGAGCGCUUAGACCCCGGGCACUGCCCCAGGACAAACCGAGGGAUAUUAUAUGUAAAAUCCACCACUUCCCACUCAAAGAAGCAAUCCUGCAAAAAGCCAGGCGCCUCAGAGAAAUCAAACAUGACGAACAUAAAGUGCUGAUCUUUCAAGACUUGGCACAAUCGACCCUCAUAGCGAGGAGGGCACUCAGACCCAUAACAGCAGCCCUUUCGGACAUGAACAUUAGAUACAGAUGGGCAUAUCCCUUCGCUCUUGUGGUCACUCAGCAAGGGACGACGUUCUCUAUCUCGACACCUGCGGAGGUCCAAGCCUUCCAGCAAGCCCUAAAACUACCAAAGGCCGCAGUGGAGGACUGGACUGGGCUAACAUUGGGACAGACAUCACACACCUUUCGGAGAAAUACAUGGCAAAGAACCCCGAAAAAGCGUAGAAGGCGUAUCCCAUCGAGCAACGAACAGACCACGUCCCCCAGAUGCGCUACAAGCAGACCCGCCUGA